AUGUCGCAAGCAGCUGCUGAGCAGUUUGCAAGGAGCUUGCGGGUCCUCGACGGCAUCUACGCCGAGGUGAGCGGCGACGAACGAUACCUGGUCCAUUCUUCAACCACACAACACGAUUCGUGGAUCAUCUCCGUGACCGAUCUCAGCGAGGGCCUCUGGGAGAAGGAAGUGUUCUUUGAGGAGAUGCAGCACCAGAAGAAGAUGCUUGGAUUUGGCAAGGAGUCGUGGAAAGAUUUUCUCUCUCGGCUGGUGGAGGCGUUGCAGUCGGACAGCCUCUUUGUGGGACUGAACGACAACGAGCAAAUGAAGUUCACGGCCUGGUGCUACUGCAACGGGAAACAAAUUUCCUACACCUACACGCUCCUACCGGGCGAAACGGACGAGAUCAAGUCCAAGGUGGCCGACAUGGUGUUUGACCUCCUCGCCUUCGCUCGGCGGAAACGCAAGUCCGAACUAGAGGCCCACGAGUUGCUGUCGCAAGUGGAGAAACACAGGGAAGAUCGAACAGAGACCACGCUGACGUCAUCUCAGCCGUCCUCCCAGUCGUCCUCGCAAACCAUGCCCUGCACUUUAUCGACGUCCAGCGGAGGAGCCACUUCCUUCAAGAGAUCGUCAGAAUCGACGUACGAGAUGGCGGAGCCCGCGGCCGUGGCCAAUACAGUUCCGAACAAGGCGCAGGCCAAGGGCGCGAAGAGGAAGCAAGGCUUCUCCCUCGUCAACCCUCGCGUAAAGAGGUGGUACGGAGAAAAGGGCGCUCGCAUCGGCUCGAACCAAGCACCACCUAACAAGCUCGCGCCUCCCGCCGUUGACGACUAA